AACGAGAAAAACAACCGGAACCGGUGGCACCUGCUUGGAGAGAAAGGAGGUUCCAUAGGCAGUUCUUACCAAGAAGAUGUCGAUUCCAUUCUCCAACACCCACUACCGAAUUCCACAAGGAUUUGGGAAUCUUCUUGAAGGGCUGACACGCGAGAUUCUGAGAGAGCAACCGGACAAUAUACCAGCUUUUGCAGCAGCCUAUUUUGAGAGCCUUCUAGAGAAAAGAGAGAAAACCAACUUUGAUCCAGCAGAAUGGGGGAGUAAGGUAGAAGACCGCUUCUAUAACAAUCAUGCAUUCGAGGAGCAAGAACCACCUGAGAAAAGUGACCCUAAACAAGAAGAAUCUCAGAUACCUGGGAAGGAGGAAGAGGCAUCAGUCACCAUCUUAGACUCUUCUGAGGAAGAUAAGGAAAAAGAAGAGGUUGCUGCUGUCAAAAUCCAAGCUGCCUUCCGGGGACACGUAGCCAGAGAGGAGGUAAAGAAAAUGAAAACAGAUAGUCUUCAAAAUGAGGAAAAAGAGGAAAACAAGUGA